GCUUCGGGCUAUUACUCGGUGCGGUUAGAUGACAGAUGGGCUGGACACCUGUGGCACAUUCACUAACGUGCACAGUCUGCUUAUUACUCGCAAUUAUCUUUUUCGCGCAUGUGUCAAUGGUUGGAUUUAGUUUUCUGACCAAUCAGUAUGUCUACUACCGAUUUUCGGAAGAUGCAGGAUUGCCCUACAUUCCGAAUGAUGCCUCUUCAGGCUGCAAAAACCAGUCUGCUACAGACAGAAAAGCUGAUGAUUUACAAUCUCUGCGUGAGCGCGUCCAGGCCAAGACGGCUAAAUUUCUUGCUGUGAAUAAUUUGAUAGGGAUGGGCCUGGGUCUUUUGGCACUCAUCCUGGUGGCUCAUCUCUCCGAUCGAUACGGUCGCCGCGCCACUAUCGGUUUCAUUUUGCUCGGCCAGUCGGUCACUAAUGGAGUCACAGCGCUAGUUGUUUUGCUUCACCUGCCCGUACCGGUCAUAAUUUUUGGUUCAGUCACCUGUGGUGUUCUCGGUGGUGGCGUCAUUGCUCUCAUCACACAGACUACUGUCUGCUUCGUUGACCUGACCAGGAUCCCUCGGGAAGCUGAAGAUGUAAGUAAACAGUCCGCGGCCGGACAAACCAAUCGCGGUCAGCUAGAGCGGAAUCGGUUGAUUUUUCUCGGCAUACUUGAUGCUACGCUUCUGUUAGCAAGUGCUUUGGGGUUUGGACUUAUUGGUUCGGUGAUUCAACGAUGUGGUUUCAACUCUUCAGUGAUUGGGCUUCUAUUUCUGUACUGCAUUCCGGUUGUCCUAAUUCCAUUUUUACCCGAAACGAAGCCAUCCACCCUCAGUCCGUUCACCGUCCAUUCAACCAGUCUAAGCCCCUGCAAUAGUCCGGAUUCCUCUUCCGUUAUGCAGUCUGUCACUCCGACCUCCUCCGGUUUGCCGAGCUUUUUGCAGCUUUUCCGAUCAAAACACCCUUCCACACUGUUGGUAACCAUUGUUAUGUUCCUGUACAUGCUUGUCGUGUUGUCGGACAACCAGUUCUCCUUUCUCUAUCUAAUGGGUGCACCGUUCUGUUGGACGCCCGAAGAGGUUGGCGUAUAUAACUUUGUGGGGAGUUUUUUGCUUUCACUGGCGUCACUCGCAUUGACUUUGAUUACUGCGUGGUCUAUGCGAGUUAAAUCUCCUACGGUAUUCACAAAGAGUCAGUUGCCCGGGUCGCGCCACCUAUCUAACUCUUCUGUUGCGCUUCUUGUUGAUGAUGAGAUUGUAGAACAAUCGCAGCCAGCGUCAGAAGAUUUUGAACCGACACAGCUGCAGUCCUGGUAUCAUGUGAUCUGGUCGCGUACCCGAAUGCUGACCUAUGUCUCUGUGGCAUUCCUUCUAAUCACCUUGAACAAAUUAAUCAUUGGAUUUGCGUUCAAGCUGUCACAACCGUUCUGUAACGCUGCGGUCUAUGUAGCGUUGGUCCUCCUAUUUGCCCGAGCUGCUGUUGUCCCCACGUUGAAGUCAUUCGUCUCCUCAUUGCACUCUGCAGAGAACCAAAAUCGGCUGUUUGUCAUUAUCGGAAUCGCUGAAUACUGUGGUCUACUAGUUGGUGAACCGAGCCUUCCUGCCUUCUAUGCUUUCACCGUAUCCGUCUUCCCCGGUGCUGCUUACAUAUUUUGUGCCGUCUUGGGUGCGAUUGGAUUGGUGUUAGUCCUGACACUGCUCACUUCAGUCGUCAAAGAACUUGUGUCACUGAAGGACACAGCCGGCUUCCCUGCUACAGUAUCCCAUUGAUGAAGAGAACUUAUUUUUCACUGAUGAUUUUUACUAGUUUUGUCAUCUAACUUCCUACUUUGGGCUUGUCCCUCUGCUAUCAAUACUUCGUCGAUCAAAUUGAGGCAUUGGUUUUCACCCUUACUCAGCCUCGAAAAAUCGUGAUUCCAAGACACCAUACACGCAAUAUAUUUUGUGAUUCUUGUGAUACCUCGUGGUCCUCGAGAGGGAGGACAUCCACUGUAAGCAACUCGU